CUCCCUAGUCAGGACCAAGCUUAACUAGAUCGUCUCUCUAGAGAAACCUCCCCUAAACCCUAGGUCCAGAGCUGCUCUUCUUGGCACUGAUGAUUCCUACUCCGAUUCAACUCACUCUGUGUCUGAUGUAAAAUCCAAUCUCCAAUCCAUGUGCAGGGCGAUCAACAACUUCGGAUUCUCCAAUGUUCGUACUGGUUAUCUGCCCCUGAAGAUGUCGCGCUUCGGUUCUGUGGUGCUUCUUGGACUUCUGUUGCUGGUGAGCAGCGCUUCGUCGUCGCAAUUGUCGACCGGUCCGCACAUAGCAGAUGUGAACAUACUGUUGCCGCCGAGGAUGACGCAUCCCGUGGAGUAUAGGCUCCAAGGAAGCGAUGGGUGCUUCAAAUGGUCAUGGGAUCAUCAUGAUAUUUUAUCUGUUCUUCCAGAAUAUAAUUUAAGUAGCCACUGUUCGACAAGUGCCCGCUUGAGGUCAAUUGCUCCGUACAGUGGUCGAAAAGAGACUUCUGUUUAUGCUACUGACGUACACACUGGAAUGAUAAUUCGUUGCAAAGUUUUUAUUGACAACUUCUCCAGAAUCCAAAUAUUCCAUAACUCUAUCAAACUUGAUUUGGAUGGGCUUGCUACUCUCCGUGUCCGUGCAUUUGAUGAUGAAGAAAAUGUGUUCUCAUCUUUAGCGGGCUUACAGUUCAUGUGGCAACUGAUGUCUGAAGCUAACGGUUUGUCUCAUCACCUUGUUCAUGUUCCUCUAAAGGACUCUCCCCUCGGUGAUUGUGGUGGAUUUUGUGGUGAUCUAGACAUCCAAAUACAGCUUGAAGAUAGCGGUGUAUUCUCAGACUUAUAUGUUGUGAAAGGAGCUCAAAUUGGGCAUCAGACUGUUUCAGUACAUUUGCUUGAGCCACAAUUUGAACAUAUGGAAGAUAAGAUUGUUUUAACUGUAGCAGAAGCCAUGUCUCUUGAUCCUCCCUCACCAGUUUUUGUCCUUAUUGGUGCUACCGUUCAUUAUUGUCUUAAAGUUAUGCGUGGAAAUAUUCCUCAAGUGGUAAGUUUACCAUCUCCUUUUCACCGAUGGUCUGUUUUGAACUCUUCGGUGUCUGGGGUGGACACAAUGACGGGUUUAACGAAUGCAUGGAGGCUAGGGGUUACAUCUGUCAUUGUUGAGGACACCAGAGUUGCUGGUCACAUGCAGAUGUCUUCUCUCCAUGUUGUUCUUCCUGAUACUUUACGUUUAUACAUGUUACCUUUGUCUUAUUCUGGUGAACCCAUUGACGGAAUAAGCCCAAUUCCAUCUGUGUCAUGCUGGUUUGUUGUUUCCGGCAGAAGUUAUCUCAUUCUCUUGAAAGUUUUCUCACAAGGACCUGGUGCACAGGAAAUCUAUAUUACAGAGAGUGAUGACAUUAAGUUGCAUGAAGACUGGUCUGGUCACUGGAACACACUCCUAGUUUCGGAUGAUAUUGCUGCCAAAAGUGGGUUGUCUUAUUCUAGAAUCCUAAAAGCAACUUCAAAUGGACUAGGAAAAAUGACGGCAACUUUAACUUAUAGUACUGGGGAUGAUGAAACAAAGGAGGUCCUCAAGGUUGUGCAAGAAGUCAUGGUUUGUGAUCAUGUGAAGUUUAGCAUUGACCAUGCUAAUGUUGGAGCUCAAAGUAUUCUUCUUCCCUGGGCUCCCACUGUCUAUCAGGAAUUGGAUCUGAAGGUGACAGGAGGUUGUGCAAAAUUGUCCAGCGACUAUAAAUGGUUUUCUUCAGACAUGGCUACAGUAUCAGUAUCUGCCUAUGGGGUUGUGCAGGCGAAGAAGCCUGGAAAAGCUAUUAUCAAAGUGGUAUCCAUCUUUGAUUCAUUCAAUUAUGAUGAGGUCGUCAUUGAGGUUUCCACCCCUUCUUCUAUGGUUAUGUUACCCAAAUUUCCUGUAGAGACUGUUGUAGGGUCACAUCUUCAAGCUGCUGUGACAUUGAAAGCAUCAAAUGGUGCCUACUUCUAUAGAUGUGAUGCUUUUAGUUCCUCCAUAAAAUGGAAAACUGGAAGUCACUUUUUCACAUUAGUAAAUGUGACCGAUGAGUCAUUUGCUUUUGACAUUCUAUAUGGUCCUCCAUGUGCAUCAACCUACAUCUAUGCUUCUGGUUCUGGUCACACUAUGUUACAGGCGGUUCUGACUAAAGAAUACUUAGAUUUUGACCGUUCUCGUAGUAGUCCUGUUGUUUUAAAAGCUUCUUGGCGCAUUGCAGCCCACCCACCACUUACCUUGCAUCAGGCAGGUGAUGGAAACCAAUUCGGUGGUUACUGGUUUGAUUUAGCUCAAGCUGAAGCAAAUAAUCAGCUGGAAAAAUUGGAUGACUUGUAUCUUGUCCCUGGCACAUAUUUGGAUGUUAUGCUUCAUGGAGGACCAGAUCGGUGGGGCCAAGGGGUUGAGUUCAUUCACAAUGUGGAAACUUUAGAUGAACAACACAAUUUUUCUAAUGAUGGAGUUAUUAUCCAUCAAAUAUCUGCUGGUUAUUCUAGCCCUUACAGAAUUGCCUGCCUAAAACUAGGAACUUGUAGACUUGUUUUCAAACGUGGAAACUUGGUUGGGGAUGACCACCCUCUGCCUACUAUCGCAGAAGUGGACCUGAUGCUGAGGUGCAGCUUUCCUUCCUCAAUUGUCCUAAUAGCUGAUGAACGUGUGAAUAAACCUGAUGUAAUUUGGAGCGCAACCAAAGCUGAACGUAAUCCAGGGCGAAUACGUGUCACCCCUAUCACUGUAGCUAAUGGGCGCACUAUUCGAAUAUCUGCAGUUGGUAUAAGUAAUUCUGGAAAAGCAUUUGGAAACUCAUCUUCUCUCUAUUUAAGGUGGGAACUCCACAAUUGUGAUGGUUUGGCCUAUUGGGAUGAUACAUAUGAUUUAGCAACAUCCAAGUCCAGCUGGGAGAGGUUUUUGGCCUUGCAGAAUGCAUCAGGAUUGUGCACUGUUAGUUCUACUGUUGCUGGGUUCUCUGAUAACAUGAGUGGUUAUCAUUCUACUAUACCAUUUCAAAGCUCAGAAGGUGAUCUGACAGAUACUGUACACUUACAGCUAGUUUCUACUCUGAGAAUUGAACCAGAAUUUGGUUUGUUAUUCUUCCAUAAUGAUGCUAAGUUAAAUCUCUCAAUUACUGGAGGGAGCUGUUUUCUGGAUGCUGUGGUGAAUAAUUCUCAAGUUGUAGAAGUGAUUCAGCCACCACCACCAUCAGGUUUACAGUGCUUGCAGUUGCUGCUGGCUCCUAAAGGACUAGGUGCUGCUCUUGUUACAGUCUAUGAUAUUGGGCUUUCCCCUCCACUUGCUGCUGCUUCAUUGAUUCGAGUGGCUGAUGUAGACUGGAUAAAAAUUAGUACUCCGGAAGAGUUGAGCCUUAUGGAAGGAACCUUGCAGUCUAUUGAUAUAUUGGCUGGACUUGAUGAUGGAACUACUUUUGACUCUUCCCAGUAUGUUUACAUGAGUAUUCGUAUCCAUAUUGAGGAUCAUAUAGUUGAGCUUGCCGAUAGUGAUGAUUUCCGAAGUAGUGUCAAUGGAUAUGUGAAGGUGCCAAGUUUUCUUAUCCGUGCUGGACAUAUUGGGGUUACCACUCUAUAUGUCAGUGCACGACAACAAUCUGGGCGAGAAAUAUUCAGUCAACGAAUUAAGGUGGAAGUUUAUGCACCACCAAAACUACAUCCUAGUGAUAUUUUCCUUGUGCCAGGUGCAUCCUAUGUGCUCACUGUGAAAGGAGGGCCUACCAUUGGUUCUUACGUGGAGUAUGCUUGUAUGAAUGAUAAGACUGCAACAGUUCACAAAUCUUCAGGAAAAUUAUCUGCCGUUUCACCUGGGAACACUACGGUAAUUGCAACAGUUUAUGGGUAUGGAGAUGCCAUGAUUUGUCAGGCACGUGGCCAAGUAAAUGUUGGGAUCCCUUCGUCUAUGAUAUUGAAUGUGCAAAGUGACCAGCUGGCUAUCGAUCAUGAGAUGCCUAUAUUUCCUUAUUUUCCUGAGGGCAAUCUCUUUUCCUUUUACGAGCUCUGUAAGAAUUAUAAGUGGACUAUAGAUGACGAGAAGGUAUUGAGUUUUGAAGGCAUAAAUCAUUUGCAUGACGAGAAUUAUGGAUCUCCAAUUGCUGAACUGAAGGAAAUUAAAUCAUCCAGCUAUUUGGAUGAGAAAGAUCUUGGUUUCAUUGAAGUGUUACGUGGAAGAAUGAGCCCAGAGCGAAAUGGUGUGAUUUACUUUCCUCUCGGAUCUUCUGGAAAGACAGAGGUUGCAGUAUCAUUCUCUUGUGAUUUUGACUCUUCUGGUUCAUUCCCAAAGUCAAGGACUUACACUGCAUCUACCUCUCUGUGGGUGAUAUCUGAUCUUCCUCUUGCUCUUGGAGCACAGAUGACCUGGGUCCUUCCUCCUCAUUACACUUCGUCAAAUCUUUUGUCCUUGCCAUUUGGUUCUUCUAGCCAAUAUGAUUCUCAGAAUCAGAAAAGAGCAAUAUCUUACUCCAUUCUGAGACAAUGUGGAGAGAGUGAUGCGGUGCAGAAUGAUGCCAUAUCAAUAGAUGGGGACAGAAUAAGAACAAAGGACAGCAAUAAUCUUGCUUGCAUUCAAGCAAAAGACAGGUCAACUGGAAGACUUGAAGUGGCAUCUUGCAUUAGGGUUGCUGAGGUGUCUCAAAUAAGGAUUGCCACUAACAACUUCCGUAGAAUUGAUCUUGCUGUUGGUUCUGAACUUGAGAUUCCUGUAAGCUAUUGUGAUAUACUAGGGAUCCCUUUUCAUGAGGCUUAUAAUGCCACUUCAUUUGAUGCUGAAAGUAACUAUCCUGAUACUGUCUCCAUUAAUUUUACAAAUGAUGGCAAUGGGAAUAUCCGACUUAAGGCAAUGCGUCAUGGGAGAGCUCUUGUGCGAGUAUCAUUCAACAAUAAUCCCAAGAAAUCUGACUAUGUGAUGGUCUCAGUUGGUGCUCAUUUAUAUCCUCAGAAUCCAGUCCUUCAACUUGGAAGCCAGCUUAACUUCAGCGUGAAAGGAAUAAAUGAUCAAGUGUCUGGCGGGUGGUUUAGUUCUAACGGAAGUGUUCUAUCUGUGGACUUGACAUCUGGAAAAGCUGAAGCCGUGGGGGAAGGUAGUACUCAAGUGAUCUUUGAAGAUUCAAGUUUGAAACUGCAAACAUCAGUUACAGUGUUGAAAGGGGAUAUUGUAUCAAUUAAUGCUCCUAUAGAUGUGUUAACAAACGUCCCAUUCCCAGCAAAAGGAUAUAGCUUCCCUCUGAAAUUCAGUGAUUCUCAGCACAAGUAUGAAGUUCCUCAAAAUGGUGUGCAAGUACUAUAUGAUUGCAGGGUGGACCCGUCUUUUGUUGGAUAUGCAAAGCCAUGGAAAGAUCUCGACACUGGUAAUUCAUAUUGCCUCUUCUUCCCAUACUCUCCAGAGCAUCUAGCACACUCUGCACCCAAGUUAAAAGUCAUGGGACAGGGCAUAUCUGUUUCUGUAGCUGUUUCCAUACGAGGAACCAACCAGAUCUCUGGAUCUGCAUCUGCCCUCUUUGUUGGAGGGUUUUCCAUCUUAGAGAUGGAUAAGAACUCAAUGCGGUUGAAUUUGACAGCAGGCUCUAACAGGAGCAUUAUAACCAUUGUGGGGAAUACAGAUGUUGAAGUUCACUGGCAAGACCGGAAUCACUUGUUGAUCAAUCCUAUACGUACAGAAGAACUAGAGGUUGGAGGGCAUGUACAAUAUGAGGUCAAAGCGAUUGGGCCUCAAGAAUUCAAAGAUAAAGUAAUCAUCACACUCCCAGCCAACAGUCAAAGAGUGGAAAUUGAUGUCAACUAUGAACCUGGAGGGAGAGCUGCAUCAGGAAUGGCCAGUAACGUCGUCUUAUGGAGCGGCAUACUUGUGAGCACUGUCAUUCUGAUGGCGACUGUUACCCUUUUCAUUUUUUGCCUCGACAGACCAGACAGAUUGCGACCACCCACAGCUCCUGCGACUCCUAUAGUCACCGCUUUAGCCACACCUGUUCGUGGCAGCCCGGGUGCUGUGGUCGAACACUCUCCUCGCACUCCCCAGCCAUUCAUAGAGUAUGUGAGGAGGACAAUAGAUGAAACUCCAUACUACAGACGAGAAGGGAGGAGGAGGAUGGUUAAUCCACAGAAUACUUUCUAGAUCCGUUGCAAGGCCACCCUUCCUUUUGUGCAUCCUUGUAGCUGUAGCUGUAGCUGUGUUAUCAAGUUAGAUGGAUAGGCCAUCCCUUUUGAACAAGUUGCCUUAAUGAAAUUUUGGUAUAUUCGCUGCUGUAUUAUCUAUCUUAGUUAUAUAGGCACUCUCUCUGUACUUGUCUUAGGUGUAAUCUGUUGCAACUUGCCAUCCUCUUUCGAUUGUGUUUGUUGUGCAAUUCAUGCUCCACAAACUUGCUCUCUUGCCGAUGUAUGAACAAUUGAACUUCUUUUUUUCUUUUAAAUGCAGUCCUAAAUAAACCCGCUUAUGAUCGGU